UUAGCUGUGGGAAGUUCAAGGGGAUAUUAGAACUGGAUUUUUCUUCGUGUGAACAGUUUUAACUCAACUGAAGGUAAAGUAACUAAAGAUACAUAGUAUGUUAAGUUCUGGACUACGAAUUCCUGGAUUCCCAAAUGGACAAGAUACGCCGGACACAUAUCGCGGAGAGCUAGGAAGUCCGCAACGAGUUCCCUCAAAUUACCAUCCGCAAUAUGUAAAUCAGCUGAACGAAGCGGACAGUGUUAUUCCUCAUUCGAGUGCACGUCCCCCAAGUGUGAACCAUGCUAGUGAAAUUAACUCUAUUCAUGCAUCGCGACCUCAACAGGCGAAAUAUGCGGACUAUUCCCAGAGAGGCAAACGAAUAGCUUCGUACAAUAACUGGCCCCCUACAGCCAAACAAAAUCCUGAAAACUUAGCUGAUGCUGGAUUUUUUUACACAGGUCAAGCGGACAGUGUUAGGUGUUUCUUGUGUGGGACAGGAUUACGGAACUGGGACCCCGAGGAUGAGCCCUGGGUGGAGCAUGCCCGCUGGGCCCCCGAAUGUUUCUUUGUCAAGGACAAGAAAGGACAAGAUUUUAUCAACCUCGUACAAGUCGCAGUCCGACAACAGCAAAUGCAAGAAGCUCUACAACAACAAUCUGAUGCAAUGACGAGGGAAGCCACAGACAUUGCGGCUGACUGUGUACCUCCCAACAUUGACACAGGAAUACAGAAUAACACAGCAACCAGCAGUCAGUCUUUGUCAUCAGGUCGUAAACCUCCAACAAACGCCGAGAAGAAAAACCCUCUCCUGAGUGACGCGGCUCAGAGUGUCCUGGCCAUGGGGUACCUGCCCAGAAUUGUCAAGAUGGCGGUCGAUAAAGUACUGCAGGCUAAAGGCUGGGAUGGCAUGUCAGGAUCAAACAUUGCUAACAUUAUUUUCGACAUGGAAGAGUCCGGUGAAAUCGACAAAGAAAAUUCCAUGGUUCCUAAAGUCUUGUCGGACAGUUCCUGGAAGAAAAUCAACGACAGAGUGCCUGAUGAUAUUAAGGAGCUUACACAGAGAAACAGUGAAAUGCGAGAGAGGACAAUGUGUAUUCUGUGCUGUGAGGAGAGGGUGUCCAUUGUUUUUUUACCCUGUGGGCACCUGGUCAGUUGUGCGCAGUGUUCACCCGCUUUAAAAAACUGCCCAGUGUGCCGAGAAUCUAUCAAAGGGACGGUCCGCGUGUCAUUUGCAUGAGUUGGUUAAACAAAAUGGAUAAAAAUCACAAAGAAAACAAAACAACUCAAAAAAUUUAUAAAUACAAUUCAAAAAAAAAAAAAAAGAAAAAAAUGUAUACAUAUAUGUUGCAAUAAUUGUCUUUAGAUUAUUAGAUGGUAAUUUUAAUUGGAAUUUCAGUUUCUUUCUUAGGAAGGGGGGUUUACAUUUUUUUCUUCUAUUAAUUUUUUUUUCUGGAAUUCAACUUUAAAAUAUUUUAUAUCAUAUAUGUUUUCUGCAAAAUAUUGCCUUUUUAAAAAUAUUUGUUUAAAAUUAUUUGAGGAAAAUAGUGUUUUAUUUAAAAUUCAUAUUACCAGGUAUUUGAAACUAAGAAAAGCAACACUGAUGAGGAUUUAGUAUCCGAAAUAUGUAUAUGUCUUCAACUGUUUCAAUGAAGUAAAUGUUUGAUAAAUGCAUAAAACAUUUUAGAAGGAAGUACUUGUAAAGGAGAAUUAAUUAAUCAAGUUAUUUUUUGUUUGACCAACUCAUCACUAUACCACGAGGUUUAGGGGUCAUAAUAUAAAACCUUAUCAUUACAAUAGUUUGCUUAAGUGAAUUUUAAUAUUCAUUGUGUAGUAAAAUAUGUUUUUAGAAUUGACAGAAAUAUAUAACAUUUUAAAUACUAAUAUUACUUGUGUCAAAGGUAUACCAUAUAAAUAAGGGUCAAUGGAAUUUUAUUCUUAAAGAAACAAGUAAAAAAAAGUUUGGCGCAGCAAGACUUUGAAAACAAAUGUAAAACAAGUUUUCAUUUAUAUUUAUAUUCCUGUACAUUACAAUUUUUUAACAUCAUUUUAAUUGAUCAAGUUAGAUCAAGCACAACUUACAUAUGUGCUACUUGUAUUCAUAAAGUAAUUUGAGAACUGUACAGCACAUAUACACAUAUUUACUACAUGUACAUGCAAUUACAUGUAAUUGUACAAGCAUAUAACCCAUUUCAUACAAUUCAAUGUACAUAUUUGUAUAUAUGACAUACAUGUGUAUAAAUUUCUGUUUAGCUCAUUAUUAUUAUACAAGGUACAGAAAAUUGGGGGAAAAAUUAUAUUAAUUUGGUUUAAAUACAAUUUUUUUUUGUUGUGUAUUGUGAAAAUCAACUUUUCUACAUUUACAUUCAACUUCUGGAAAAGGAAAAAGAAAAUCUACUUGUAUAAAAGCUUGCAUUGAUUUUGGAUGGUAUAUUAGGUUUCAUUUAUUGGAGAUACCAUUUUAUUUUCCUAAAAGAAAAGAAACAACAAAAUAUUGCUUUAUUUUAAGUUCAUGUACAAAGCUUUGUACAUUUAAAUUUAAUUUUAAUCAUUUUUUGAAUAUCACAUUGGAGUCAAUAUCUGUAUUAAUAAAUGACUUUCAGUUUGUUCCUACAUGCAAUUCUUUAAUCCUUAUUUUAUUCCAGAUCUUUUAGUUGAAAAUGACCAAAUAAAGUCAGAAUAAAAUAUUUUCAACAUGA